AACAGAAUGAAGUGUAUAUAUAUUCACGGAGUGUGUACAUAGUUAAAGACUUUUUAUCCAUAUUACCCUCAAAAGAGGGGUGUUCCUAACAGAGGAAGCUUAUACGAAGAAAAGAAGAAGAACAGAAUGGACAAGGAAAACAAUGUUGAGGUUGUAGUGAGAUGCCGCCCAAUGAUUAAAAGAGAAGUUGAGGCAGGACAUGGAAGAGUUGUUAAGGUUAAUAAAGACAAGGGAGAAAUAGUGGUUACAAAACCUGAAUCUGAAUGGUCAGACAAUCCAGUAUCUAGAACUUUUACAUUUAAUACAGUGUAUGAUGAGAAUUCUCAGCAACAGGAAUUAUAUGAUGAAACUAUACAUGAUAUAGUACAGUCUGUAAUAGAAGGUUAUAAUGGUACAGUGAUUGCUUAUGGUCAGAAAGGUGCCGGAAAGACUUAUACUAUACAGGGUGUUACUGAUGAAUCUGAUAAUAGAGGACUAAUGAACAGAACAUUUGAACAUAUAUUUAACUACAUUUCUCAUGCAGAAAAUGAACACUAUAUUGUACAUGCAUCUUACUUAGACAUAUACAUGGAAGAGAUCACAGAUUUGUUGUCUAAAGAUUUUACAAAGAAAUAUGAUAUCAAGGAAAACCCAGAAACAGGAGUUUACGUAAAGGAUCAGUUGUCAUUUGUCACCAAAAAUGUCACAGAAAUGGAACAUGCUUUUAGAACAGGGCAUGAAAACAGGCUUAAAAAAGAUACAUUUAUGAGUAGAGCUUCUGCCAGAGCAUAUUCAAUAUUUACUAUCACUAUAGAAUGCUGUAAAAUGGAUGGAGAUGGAGAAUAUCACACAAGAGUUGGACGCUUAAAUUUAGUAGACUUUGCUGGUAGUGAGAGAAUAAGUAAACCACAAGCUCAGGGAGAGAGAUUAAAAGAGGCGACAAGCAUUGGAAUGGGACACUCAUAUAACAGAGCUUUAAGUAAUGUUAUAUGUGCUCUGGAUGAUGAACAUUCAACACAUAUCCCAUACAGAGACUCAAAGGUCACAAGAUUACUGAGAGAGUCAUUAGGAGGAAAUGCCAAAACUGUAUGGAUAGCUAACAUUGGUCCAUCAAGUUAUAAUCAUGAUGAAACAGUAAGUACUCUAAGAUUUGCAAGUCAUGCCAAAAACAUUAAGAACAAAGCCAAGGUUAACUGGGAUCCAAAAAACUCUCUGAUGAAGGAAUGUAAGGAAGAAAUAGCAAGGUUGAAGUCUCAUUUAGAAACAGUUUUGAAUAACAAAAUACAGAAUGAAGAACAUACCCAAGAAUCUGAUUCAGGUGACUUCCGGUGUGACAAGGAAGCAAAAUUAGCUCUAGAGUCAAAAAUCCAGACAUUGGAAAGCAAAAUACUCAAGGGUAAAGGAAGUCUUCAAACACUGGCAGAGUCAUAAACAGUUGAGAAGCAAGAAAAGGGGCCAUCAUAAAUUAAAACACACUUAAACUAAAAAGGGAAGUGAUGAUGAACUAUAGAAAUUAAGUUCAUUUAUGUUGCUCUGUAAAGCAGUUAAUCUUACAUUUAGCUUAUAUGGAACAUAGAGAAAAUAUGCUUUGUCCACUCAUGGAAAUUAAGCUAUAAAAUGAAAAUAACACACUUAUUGAAUUUAGUGUGUCUGAAGCCCUUUUCUGGAUUUACCUUUAGGAAUGCUCAAGCACAAAAAUUUCAAAACCAAAUAUGUAUGAAAACUUGAAUACUUGAGGAGUUAUUUUACCAGAAGGGAUCUAAAUAAAAUAGCUGAAACACCCUAAGGUCAACUUUGCCUGAGGAAUUUUGAACCUGAGUUAUGCCCUCGCCCUAGGGGUGGGGGCAUAAAGUUUUACCCUUGUCCGUCUGUACGUACGCCCGUACGUCCGUAAGUCCCAAAAUUGGUUUCCGUUCUCUAACUUGAGUUUGCCUCAACCAAAUGUUAUGAAACUUAUACACAAUACUUAAUACCAAAAAAACACAUAUCAAGUUUGAAUUUUGGUGGCGUCACUUUAACCGUUCUAGAGUUAUGCCCCUUUAUAAAUGGAAAAAUAGCAAAAUUUUUAGUUUCCGUUCUCUAACUUAAGUUUGCCUCAACCAAAUGUUAUGAAACUUAUACACAAUGCUUAUUACCACAAAACACAGAUCAAGUUUUUAUUUUGGUGGCAUCACUUUAACAGUUCUAGAGUUAUGCCCCUUUAUAAAUGGAAAAAUUGCAAAAGUUUUAGUUUCCGUUCUCUUACUUAAGUUUGCCUCAACCAAAUGUUAUGAAACUUAUACACAAUGCUUAUUACCACAAAACACAGAUCAAGUUUGAAUUUUGGUGGCGUCGCUUUAACCGUUCUAGAGUUAUGCCUCUUUAUAAAUGGAAAAAUUGCAAAAUUUAUAUUUUCUUCUAAAUAUCAAGUAAUUUUUAAAAUUGGAGUUAUCUUCCUUUGUCCAUGAUUUUAGUUGAAUCAACUACAAUCAAUUCUUUAUACAAUGCAAUGUUUAAUUUUGACUUCCACUGAUAAAACACAGAUCAAGUUGAAUUUGGGUAGUGUCACUUUAACCAUUAUUGAGUUAUGCCCCUUUAUAAAUCGAAAGAUUGCAAAAUUUUUAGUUUCCAUUCUGUUACUUAAGUUUGCCCCAACCAAACAUUAUGAAACCUAUACACAAUAUUCAUUACCACAAAACUAAGAUCAAGUACAAAUUUUUUGCUUCCGUUUUCUAACUUUAGUUUGCCUCAACUAAAUGUUAUGAAACUUAUACACAAUGCUUAUAACUACAUAAUACAGAUUAAGUACGAAAUUUGAAAUUUGGUGGCGACACUUUUACCAUUCUUGAGUUAUGUCACUUUAUAAACAUAAAAAUUGCUGAAUUUUUAGUUUGUCUCAACCAAAUGUUAUAAAACUUAUACACAACCGUUCUAGAGUUAUGCGUGUUUACAAAUAGAAAAAUUACUGAAUUUUUAGUUUCUGUUCUCUACUUAAGUUAGCCUCAACCAAAUGUUAUGAGACUUACACACAUUGCUUAUUACCACAAAACUCAGAUCAAGUUCCAAUUUGGGUAGCGUCAUUUUUACCGUUCUUCAGUUAUGUCCCUUUAUAACUAUAUGAUAUGCAAGUGGGGCAUCAUCUGUGUCCACAUGUGGACACUAUCCACAUUUAUUCUUUAAUAAAUUAUAAAUAUGUCACCUGAGAAUUCAAGAAAGGUAAAUCAUGUCAUUACCAAACAAUUGGUUUCUUAGUUUUUAUUAUGGUGUCUGGAAGUUUCUGCCUCUUUCAGAACUUUGAGUUGAUGUAUAAUCUUUUGUUAUCUCAGUUGAAUUCAUUCAUAACUUGUCAGAAAUUUUUGUUAUUUAAGGAUAUUGAUGAUAUUUGUCAGCUUGUCCUCAGUUUAUUACUACAUGGUGACCUUUAGUUAUCAAUUUGUUGUUUUCUUGUGUUGUUGAAUUGCUAUCUUAUUUACAAUACUCAGCACUCCAUGUUAUUCAUAUGAAAGAAGAUAUAAAAUGAAUAAACAUAUACGCUAUUAAAAAAUGUAAACAAUAUUUGUGUUUAGCAUACAUAAAGUUGAACAGUUUGAUUGAUCCUUUAUCUUGUUUUGUAUUUUAUACAGUUGAAUUGUCCAAUAGUUUCAUGUCCAGUGUGUGUCUGCCUAUAUUCAUUAUCAUAAUAUCAUAUAUUUUAACUUUGUCAAUGUUUUUAAACUGUUAAAAAUUUCUUCAUUAUAUAACAUUUACUAUUAUUCUGACUUGUUUUUUGUUUAUUGUUUUGUCAUAAAUCAGGCCAUUAGUUUUUAUCUUGGUUUUUUUUCUUCUGAAUUGUUCCAUAUUUUGUCCUUGUUUGCUUUCUGCCUUUUUGGGGCUUUUUUUAUAGUGUUUGUAGCAUAAAUCAGGGGAUUACAUUUUGUGAUGUCAAACCUUUUAUAGCUAACUAUACAUAAUGGAUUUAGUUCAUUGUUGAAGGCCAUACAGUUACCUAAAGUUGCUUAAAUCUGCCUCAAAUAAACUCUGUUUGAUAGUUGUCUCAUUUGGAAAUCAUACCACAGCUCCUUAUUUUAAAAUAUUAUCAUUGAUAUUUAUUUGAUACUGAUGAUAACUGACAUCUACUAAUAUCACAAAAAUAUAUGUGAUAAUUUCUAAAUGUUAUUUAGAGCCUCAGUGGCAGAGUUGUUUAAGUAGACCAUCUGUUGUAUUGGCUUGUGCAUUUGACUCAAAUCUUAAUUGACUAGGAUUGUCAGUUUUUCUGCUGAAGGUAAGUGGUUCCCUCUGGGCGGCUUCCUCCACCUAUGAAAACUGACCACCAGGAUAUAAACAAUAGUGAUGAAGAAAAGAGGCAAAAGAUAUCAAAGGGUAAUUCAAACUCAUAGCUGAAAGUUGCAUUAAACACCAACAAUCAAUCAUUAUGUACUUCAAUCUUACUUAUAAUUGUGUAUGUACAUUUAAAUAUAUACUGUUGUUGUUAUAUCUGUCACUAUAAAUAUAUACUGCUGUUGUUAUAUCUGUCACUAUAAAUAUAUACUGCUGUUGUUAUAUCUGUCACUAUAACUGUUAGAUCUGUUACAUUUAUUAUUAGUACAUUCACUAUUUUAUCAUUUUAUUUUUGAUAUUUUAUUCUUCUUUUAGAGAAUUUUAUAUGUAUAAAACAAUUGAGUAUCAUUUUGCACAGAAUAUAAAUUACAUGCUGUUUAAUGAUGAUGAUUUCCAUAAUUUGUUAUCUUAAAUUUUAUACAUAUCUUUGCACAUUUUUUGCACAUUGUUUUUUAUAAUCGUGUUAUAAAGGCUAUACAUCAUUGUUAUCAGUGGUCAUCACAAAGAAGAUUUAUACAUUUUAACUAUAUUAAACUUAUUUUAUAUUUUGAGUUUAUUACAA